UUGUGUAUUAUGUCCUUUUCUUCUGAUCCCAGUCUCAUAGUAUAUUUGCAUUCUGUUUUUUCAUCAUAUUCAUGCAUGUAUAGUUCUGUCUCCAUCUUUUAUUUGUUUUUUGAAUGAAAUGUGACUGGUGACAUGUCUGGCUGGAGUGGACCUUGGACUCUGCAAUCUUUCCAGUGGAGAUGAGGGAAGAUGACUAAAGACAAGAGAUAUUUUGAUGGCUGGUCUUCUGCAUACGGAAGGUUCUUCAUCCUUUCUGUGUGAACUAGGAAGAAGAACUAUCCUAAGUCUUCUGAAUUAAAACUGAGACUCAAUCUACAUUGAACUUCCUCAGAAAGGUAUGCUUUUCUGAGACAUCUCAGCUGGCUCCCUAGGAAUCAUGAACAUUGAAGCAUAUUUUGAAAGAAUUGGUUAUAAGCACUGUAGGAACAAAUUGGACUUGGAAACAUUAACUGACAUUCUUCAGCACCAGAUCCGAGCCAUUCCUUUUGAGAACCUUAACAUCCAUUGUGGAGAAGCCAUGGAAUUGGGCUUAGAGGCCACUUUUGAUCAAAUUGUGAGGAGGAAACGAGGUGGGUGGUGUCUCCAAGUCAAUCAUCUUCUGUACUGGGCUCUGACCACAAUAGGUUUUGAAACCACGAUAUUGGGAGGGUAUGUAUACAACACUUUAGCAAACAAAUAUAGCAAUGCCAUGAUUCACCUCCUGCUGAAGGUGACCAUUGAUGGCAGGAACUACAUAGCUGAUGCUGGAUUUGGACGCUCUUACCAGAUGUGGCAGCCUCUAGAGUUAAUUUCUGGGAAGGAGCAGCCCCAGGUGCCUUGCAUCUUCUGCUUGACAGAAGAGAGAGGAAUCUGGUACUUGGACCAAAUCAGAAGAGAGCAGUAUAUCCCAAACGAAGAAUUUCUUAAUUCUGAGCUCCUGGAAAAGAAUAAAUAUCGGAAAAUCUACUCUUUUACUCUUGAACCUCGAACAAUUGAAGACUUUGAGUCUGUGAAUAUAUACCUUCAGGAAUCUCCAGCAUCUGUCUUUACAAGCAAGUCAUUUUGUUCCUUGCAGACUCCAGAAGGUGUUCACUGUUUAGUGGGCUUCACCCUCACCUACAGGAGAUUCAAUUAUAAGGACAACACAGAUUUGGUAGAGUUUAACACACUGAAUGAAGAAGAAGUAAAAGAAAAUCUAAAAAAUAUAUUUAAUAUUUCCUUGGAGAAAAAUCUUGUCCCCAAACAUGGUGAUAAAUUUUUUACCAUAUAGAGUAAGCAGUAAAAAUGGUCUCAGUAUUACUUCUGGUGCUGUAACUUUUUAUUAUAAAAAAAUUUAGACGUCUAUAAAAGUAGAGAGAAUGAAAUAAUAAACCUCCAUUUGUUUAUCACUCAGUUAUCAGCUAUAAACUAGAGGCCUAUCUAUCAUAUUUUCUCAAUGCUCCCACAUUAUAUUGAAGAAAAUGUUAGACAUCAAAUCAUUUCACCUUUAAAAAUGUCACCAUAUAAAAUUAGAUAACAUUUUUAAAAACAUAACCAUAUACCUUUACAAAAAUAAUAAUAGCAAAGAUGUUUUAAUGAUGGCCUAUGGUUUUCUUGAGGAAAAAGUGAUUUAUGCUAGAAAACUUUCCACAUUGGUUGAAUGUUGAAUUCAUAGAACAUGUUUACCUAUCAUUCAGUAACUAGAACCUUGAGGAAAACUUUUUUUAUUAAAUUCUACCAGUGUAUAUCCAAUGUCAUAUUUGUGCAGAAAUACAACAUGUAUAAUGGGAUAAUUCAACCAAAAAGAAAGAGACAUGACAUUGCUUCCAAAUAACCUAAUAUUUCUCAAGACGAGGUGUAAACCAAUACUUGUUAGCAUGUGAUCAAGUACCAAGAGAGGGACACAACUAAUAAUUUCUUACAUGGCUCUUUUUGCAACCACAGUUCUUCAAAUACCAUUUUUCUUAAUAUGGGAACACUACUAUUUAUAAUUUUCAAAUUUUGGAACUCAGUAUUUUUGCUUAAAAGUAAUAAGUACUGCAAAUUUAAAAAUACUUAUUAUCUAAAAUCUUGAUGUUGGAAAAGUAUGUUAAAACAUUGUUGGCCAAUACAAUAUCAGUCAUAAAAUUUUUGUUUGGCAGAGUUAGGUUAUUAUGGGGUUUCUUUUUUUUUUUCCUGCAGUAGAGUCUUCCUUGAAUCCUCUUUCUUGUUUCCCAGUUCUAUUCUUUUACUUCCUUUUACACUUUGUUGUAAGAGAAAGAGUAUGUGCUUCAAAGUAUACAGUUCUGAUUUCAAAUCCUGUGGAAACCAGGUGAAUUAAUUGAAGAAUCUGUGGCUCCCAUUCCUCAGGGAUAAAAUGAGGACAAUACCUAUAUGAAUAAGUGCCAAACCUAGAGCACCAUCUUCCUUCCCUCACGUUGGCCUUGUUCAGCUCUGCUGCUAUCUUGCAGCAUGGUCAGGUCAUGUAUGGUACUGUUGGACAGAAAGGAUUUUCUCACAUUCUGAAAAGACAAUGCCAAGGGAGGAGAUGUAGGCAAGAGAUACAUUCCAGAUCAAAAUGUGGCUCAAGAGAGGACCUUCAAGAUGGCGGAGGACUCAAAUAUUGAGGUCACCUCCCAACAAAUACAUCAAAAAUAUAUCUAUAUGUGGAACAACUCCUACAGAACACCUACUGAACACUGGCAGAAGAUCUCAGACUUCCCAAAAGGCAAGGAAAUCCCCAAGUACCUGGCCGUGUGGCUGACAGGGACUUGGUGUUCUGGCAGGAUGUCAGGACUGAGCCUCUGAUGUGGGAGAGCCAAGCUCAGGACAUUGGAUCAGCAGAGACAUCCCAGCUAUACGUAAUAUCAAUCUCCAAGAGUUCCCCAAAUAUCUCCAUCUCAACACUAAGAAACAGCUCCACUCAAUGACCAGCAAGCUCCAGUGCUGGACACCCCAUGUCAAACAACCAGUAAGGAACACAAACACACGCAUUAGCAGAGAGACUGACUAAAAUCAUAAUAAGUUCACAGACACCCCAAAACACACCACCAGACAUAGUCUUGCCCACAAGAAAGACAAGAUCCAGCCUCAUCCACCAGAAUACAGGCACCAGUCCCCUCCAAUGGGAAGCCUACA